ACAACUUCAUGUACCAUGGACGUAGAAACAGAGGACAUGGAGGAGUUCACCUACGUCCUCGUGUCCGAGGUCGUCGAACAGGCUGCUGCAAACCUCGACGAGCUGAAGCAGUCGAUCUGCCGCUGGCAAGCAGGGGACUGCAUCACGUCUGAGGAGGACAAAAACAAGUCCUCUGCUGGUUGUGUCACCCAACAGAAGGUGCAGCAACACCUGGACAGGUUUUUUACUAAGCGGCGAGCGUUUUCUGAACACAAUAGGGACAUUCUCCAGGACAAAGAGGUCACCAGCCCUGGAACCUUUCCAUCCAUGUCCAAACAAAACAUUAUGAUACACCCCUCUUCUUGGACAUUGUGCCAAAGCUGUCCGUAUCCAGAGAGCCUGGCAAAAGAGGCAAAAGCGGCCAAAAUGUUCAUCUGCCAAGUGGUCGACGAUCAUCAUCAGCAGUCCAUUGAGUCACUGAGGAAACUUCACACCACCGAUUCUGCCAGCGAAACCGAGAAACCAGCUGGAAAGUCACUUAUCAAAAAGCUACAGUCAGCUUUGAAAAGACGUUUUGGCCGGAGGAUGAGCGAGAAACAGGUUUCAGCGCAACAAGUACAUGCAGCUUCUUCCAAACAAGACCAGAGAUCCACCCGUUUGGAGCUGGUUGAGAAAGAAGAGGACUCUGUAGAGAUGGAGAUGAGGAAUCUCCCGUCUCCAGCCUCCAGCAGCUCACUUCCAUCAUCCAAUCAGGUAGAUGAUGAUGCUCAGCCAGAGAGCCUUCUGCUGGUCGAAACAGCAACAUUUUUCCAAAAUGAGCUGAGAAGUUGGAAAUCCACAGAAUGUUGUGAUGGGGUUCUGAUGGCGGCUGAAGACACUGAGGGGAAGGUAUCUACCCCAGACUUGGCAGACAGCUGCUGUCAGGUCUUUCAGGAAACCUCCAGUCGUACUUCCACGGCCCAGACAGUUCAAGCCUUGCCUAUUGAAGGACAGGAAGAACAUGAAAAGACUGAGACUGUUGUACAGACUACAGAAAGUCCUCAAAAUCAAAAGAUCUCAGAGAAAGAGGCAGAAGAUUUCAUAGAAAGCCAGGACGUCUGGAUCCCUGAGACAGGAUCAAGCUGCAGACUCUCCACCACGCCAGUGGAGAGCGGCAUAUCUUCUUUCUGUUCGAGCACAACCCCAGCCAUGUCUGAGGUAACGAACAUGAUUGACAGCCAAGUCAUUGAGGACGUCUGGAUCCCUGAGACAGGAUCAAGCUUCAGACUCUCCACCACGCCAGUGGAGAGCAGCUUAUCUUCUUUCUGUUCGAGCACAACCCCAGCCAUGUUUGAGGUAGCGAACAUGGAUGACAGCCAAGUAAUUGAGACAUUCAUAGGGACACUAGAAUCCUUUGAUUUUGAUGGCAAAGCUGAAAGUCCAGUCAGCGAGACAUUUAACAAAAACAUGUGGACAGCAUGGAGGAAACGCUUUGGUUUGAAGCAGCGUAAAAAGCUUCCGACAUUUUCAGAUUUUCAUGAUGUUGAGAAAGAGCAGGAUGAAGGUCCCGCAGAGCACCAAAUGUAUUUUGGUGUGCAGCAAUUAUUUGCUAAACCCCUUGAAGUGAAACCUUCAGAGGCUGACAAUGACCAGGUCAUGACAAUAUAUUCACCUCCAGAAAUAUCAGGAGGGAAUAGACAUUCUGUAUUUACACAGAAGGAAAAUAAAGCAGCAGCAGACCAGCAGCUAGUCCUGGAUUCUUCCAAAAUUUUAGCUAUAAUGAGGAGAUUCUUCCAGAGUCUCAGCGAAGAGCAAUGGAGGGAAGUAAGCGAAGGUGUUUACAAUCAAGAUGUGAAGGAACAGCUGAUUUACAUGUGCAUGGAUGUGCUGAGCAUCAUCUCAGACUCGGUCAUUAAAAUCCUCUUACAGUCAACGUGUCAGAUGUCCGCCACACCUGGAACCUUAACUCUGAGGAGACCCUUGUCCUCGAAGCGUUUGAGGGAGUUUUUUGACGACAACUUUCAGAGUAGUUUGGAAAGCUCCUUCAGUCAGGCUCUCUGUGAAAUAACUGGUGCUGACACAUCUGUAAGGAUUUUGCACAAAUUCACAGAGGCGAUAGUGGAAGAGGUCAUUGAAGAGGUUACUUCUGCCUUAUCAGUGGCCAUACAAGGCCGUCCAUCAUUGGAUAGAAGACCCUCCAGUGCCCCUGUUACCGCCAGCUGCCAGAUGUCAAAAGACAGAGUAGCUAAGAAGACUUUGGCAGGAGCCAUAGCAACUAUGAAAUCCAUUCUCACAGGACGAGGCACCGCAGUUAAGAGAAGGAUUCAGACAGAGAGCGGUUCAGAUCCUGAUGUUAAAGAGGUGUACACCGAGAAAAAUGAGUCACGAUGGAAGAGGCUUUUCAGUCGAAGGCAGAGAAAAGUCGCGUCUUUUGCAAUGGACGAUUUGAACGGAGCUGCCAGGUCAGCCAGUGCGGACUCGGCAUCUAUGCACACUCUAGAGAAACAACAGCUUUCUUGGUUUACUCGAGAGUCCUCCAUGUCCUCUCCCAGUGAUGCCCUGAAGAUAGACCCGUGGCCCACUCCGCUAGAGUUGGUAGACUACAUGGAGGUUGAGGACAUGACACCUGAAGAUUUUAUCUCAUCUCUGUUUCGAUUCCUUGAGGAUGACCCUUUGUCCGACUUGGCAUCUAUGCAAACUCUGGAGAAACAACAGCUUUCUUUGGUUCCUCAAGACUCCUCCACGUCCUCUCCCAGUGCUGCCCUGAAAACAGACCUGUGGUCCACCCCGGUAGAGUUGGUAGACUACAUGGAGGUUGAGGACGUGACACCAGAAGAUUUAGUCUCAUUUCUGUUUCAAGAAGAGAAGACCGCUUCUUCUCUGUCUCUUUCCGAUGAUUCUGGUGACGAGGAAACCGUCAUUCAGAUCUCUGCCAGCCAGUGUCUCAGUGCCAAGAAAACCAAGGCAAUGGAGAGAAACGGCCUUUGCUGCUUUUUCUGCAACAUAUUCUCAAAGAGAUGGGGACUUGAGUUUGAGCCUCAGACUUGA